AUGUCCGCCUUUUUUCAUGUUGCAUGGAUCGUCAUACUGCUGACCUGGGCGGGAGUCACCGGCGCCUGGCCCGGGCGCUGCUCCAGCAGCGGCGGGGUGCAGUACUUGGUCCUUGGCGGCGGCCUUCUGGGCUCUUUUGCUGUCAACCUGGCUGUGGAUGUGCUCUUGGUGUACCACAGCCUGCAGGGCGCCCCGUUUGAGGCCAGUAAGCGGCGCUGGGUGGUGCCGCUGCUGUACACGGCCACAGGGCCGCUGGUGUGUACACUAGGCUUUACAGUUACCAACCUGGCCCAGGCCCUGGUCUUUUCGACGUGGGGAUUCCUGGCUAUCGCUGUUAUUGGCAUAGCGGUGACAUACAACAUGUACCCGCAGCACCAUGACCUGAGCAGCUGGGAGGCCCGCUGCAAAUGCCUCGCGGCCAUGCUCUGCUGUAAGGCAAACAUCACUCGGCGCCCAGACGGCAAGCGCGCACCACUGACCAACAUCGCGGAGCUGACGGCGGGUCUCCUCUCUCACUGCGACUUGGACGCGACGGAUAUAACCGUGGGCCUGUUCCUGGCAGCGGCAGCACAGAAACGCCGCCGCCGCCUGCGUGUUGCCAAGGCGUUGCUGCCUGUCUACCGGGCGCUGCGCAGCACGGCAGGUAGCAGCGCAGCCGACGAGCGUUCGCAGACCGAGGAUGAAGACCACGGCAGCGAGGAGGAUGCUGGAAGCACGGCCUCCUCGAUCAACGAUGUGCCAGCAGAUAGGGAGCUAGAUCACAUGAUUGCUGCCCAGCAGCGAUUGUCGCAUGAGCGCCAGCAGGAGGACAGCACAGUGCUAGACCGCGCGAGUACUCUGCAAGGGCCAGGCGACGCAGGUGGGCGCCAGCCUGUAAGGAUUCCGCAGAGGCAGGCCAAGGCGGGAGCUAUUCGAUCGGCAGCGGAGCUGGUGGCGGGGGAUCUGUUGGCUGAUCUGCCCGCUGGCCUGCCAGACCAGCAUGCGGAGAUUCUGGAUCGGUUGGCGGGGGCAAUCGAGGAAGAGAUUGUUCAGGCCGAGGGCGGCGGGCAGCAGGCGUCGUCGGAGGCCGUACUGGUCAAGGAGGAGAGCCUGGACCUGUCUGCCCUGCAGGUGGAUCCCGAUGCGCCCAGCAUCUGGUUCAGCACUGCCAGCAGCCGCCAAGUGGGGACCCUGGACGGCAUGAGCAGCAGGGGCAGCAGGCUGAGCGGGCAAGGCAAGGCAGGGGGCACGCAACGUCGGCACACCAAGGUGCCCUCGUCUGUGCUCAAGGAGGCCAUUUACUGCUUAAAGUACUCAUACGCUGUGUACAGCCUGCAGCCCAAGAUUGAGGCGCCCUCCAGCGGGCUGGACGUAGCCAGCUGCGCGUGCUGUGGUCGGCCGACAGAUCCGCAGCAGGCAGGACUGGGCGGCGACGUAUUGGUGCAAGGCUGGCACACAGAAGACUGCGGGCGGUUGUCCCAGCACUGCGCCUUGACGAGGAACACAUCCUGCCGCUGCAGCUCCGUUGAGAUUUUGAUGGUAAACUGCAGCAACCGCGUGCUGGCGCACCUGCCCUACAUGGUGGUCGCCGAUCAUGGUCGGCGAGCAGUGGUGCUGGCUAUACGGGGCACCAUCAGCAUCGCUGACCUCGUGACGGAUGCCGUGGUCUAUCCCGAGCCGUUGGAUUCGUUUCUGCCGCAGGAAAUCAAAGAGGAGCUAUCAGAGCCGGCGUUUGCGCAUGCCGGCAUGGUUGCCGCAGCCAAGGCAAUCUUCGAGGACAUGUUGCAGCGGGACAUUUUGCCGCAGUUGGUGAGAGACGAAGCGAUGGCCGACUUCACGGCGCCUGAGCAGCAGGAGGCACGGCGGGAUGGCUUGGCACACCCGCAGCGUGCCUCGCAAUAUGAUGCUGAUGCAGGCAGCUGUGCUCCUGGAGCGGAGCAGUACAUGAUCACCGGCCACAGCGUCAGUGGUGGGGACGGUGGCAGCAAUGGCCCCGUUCGCAGGGAGAGGGCUGGCCCAUCAGGGGAUGCACUGGAGCAAAGCCAGCAGCAGGACCAGCAGCCUGGAGUGCAAGGGCGGCAGCGUCUGCAGGGGGCCGGCAGCGAGCAGUCACCAGGGAGGCAGGUGGGCGAGAUCAUGCGGCAUUUGAUAGAAGAUGAGGGUUGGCAGUUCAUCGUGGAAGGCCACAGUUUGGGCGCAGGCGCAGCGGCGCUGAUCUCGCUGAAGCUGCUCGAGACCUACCCCGGUCUCAAGUGUCUUGCCUAUAGCUGCCCUGGUCUGGUCAGCAAGAACCUCGCCCAUGCCAUGAGCCGCUUCUGCACCACAGUGGUGUGUGGCAAGGAUGCAGUUC